GAUCCUUAUUUAGCACACAACCGUUGACGCUACGGAAAGUAAGUUCCUGCGAAUUACUUAUAAGUUUUUACAGAAUUAACAAUAAUAAUGAUUCGACUAGCAUUGAUAUUAGUUGUGUUUGCUUUGUUUGGAGUUUUUGGAGACGCUAGACAUAUAUAUGUACCAGAAUCCCUAAACCUUGAUGCGGACCUCACCAAUAUGGAGCCAAAAGUAGAUGCCGAAAAAUUUUCAACCGAUAUGAUGCGCAAUAAUAUAAAGCCCAAUAAUGGUUUCGUCCCAAUGAAUAAUAUUAUAUUUUUCAAGACAUAUCCUCGUUGCGGAAAUGGAUUCAAAAGAGACGUAUUAGGAGUAUGUCGAGAGGUUUGGGACUAAGUAGAGAUUACAAAUAUUAUGAUUUAAUAUGCUUACUUUGAAACCAAAUGUGAUAUUAAUUUAAGACUAGAUUAAGACUUAUUGUAUUUUUUUAAUGUUUAGUUAAAUAAAUAAUUAUUAUUAAUUUAAUAUUAGAUUUUAUCGACUAAGUUUAUUGAUAUGUACAUAUGUGUGUAUUGUAUUAUUUGACAAACGGCGUCGUCUGUGAAGUCCGCUGGUUGUUUAUUACUCAUGUGCUGGUGGCGAAUUUUGUGCCUAAUUUAUAUAGGUGAAUGUAAUGACCAAGGCUUCGGCCGCACCACAACUAACUGUGUUUGAUACUACUUGAUUGGUGAUUUCGUGUUUAAAACAAAGUUAACGAAAGUUAUAGUUACCAAUUACCGGUCUAAUUCUGCGGUUAGACUACAUACGAUAAUAAAUAGUGAACGGCGGCGUCCGAAUCGUCACGGGCACGGGUUUCAUGGAUUAUAUACAAAAUGACGUGGCACCUUACAAUUUGGCGUUUGUAAACAGACGAUUCUGUUUGUACAAUAGCGGACUAUACAGAUAAUGUUAUGUAUAUCUAACGUGACCAUUUACUAUUUUUGUCAAAGCGGGACGUCUCUUGCGGAAUUAUGGUAAAUAAAAGUUUUUGGUGGUUUACAAGUUUUUUUUUUAAUUAUAGAAUGUAAUAACAAUAAUAAAAAAUAAUCAAUGCACUUAUUACAAAAUAAUUAAGUAGGUUGCAUGAGUUACUAAGCCAUAGUAGUGGCGUGAGUAUUUUUGUAUUUGUCGGCUGAACAAAUUAGUUUUAAAAUAUCCGGGCCGGUUUUUAGGUAAAUAUAGAACUCAGUACAGGAUUAAUUUAUAUUUAUUUUUGUAAUUAUAGUGACUUUCACUACUACGACAUUUAACUGAGUUUUGUCACUGGUCCAUAUUUUGUUCAUUAGAGAAAUAACUCUCUACCGGCGCAUUACUUCCUGACAUACAUCAUGUACUCAAUAAUUAUACAAAAGUUUUUUUUUUUUUUUUUUUUUUUUUAUAGGAGAGGGGGCAAACGAGCAUGCGGCUCACCUGAUGGUAAGUGACUACCGCCGCCCAUGAACAACCGCAACACCAGGAGAAUUGCAGAUGCGUUGCCGGCCUUUUAAAAAGGAGUAGGCUCUUUUCUUGAAGGUCCCUAAGUCGUAUCGGUCCGGAAAAAUCGCUGGUGGUAAACAAUUCCACAAGGAAGUUGUGCGAGGAAGAAAACAUCUUCUAAAUCGCACAGUGGUGGACCGCCAAUCAUCCAGAUGGUGUGGAUGGUAUCGGGAGUUCUGCCGCGAUGUGCGUUCGUGAAAUUUGGCGGCUGGGAUUAAUCCGAACAAUUCCUCAGAGCACUCCCCAUGGUAAAUGCGAAAGAAAAUGCUAAGAGAUGCAACAUCUCUUCGCAGUGCCAAUGAGUCGAGCCGAUCGGAAAGGACUCGGUCGUCGACGAUUCGAGCCGCUCUGCGCUGGAUGCGGUCAAGUGGAAGAAGCUGGCACUGGGGAGCCCCAGCCCAGAGAUGGGAACAGUAUUCCAUGUGAGGCCGAACCUGCGCCUUGUAAAGUUGCAGGCGUUGAGCCGGCAUGAAAUACUGUCCCGCUCUGCUGAGCACGCCAAGCUUUUUAGAGGCCAAUUUGGCCUUCUCUUCCAAGUGACCACGAAACUGCACGCUACUCGAUAUGUCGACGCCAAGGAUUCCGAUACUGGCUGAGGCAACAAGGGGAGUACCUUGAAACUGAGGAGAUACGACAAAGGGGUUCUUUUUAGCGGUAAACGCGCAAACUUGUGUCUUCUGAGGAUUAAACUGGACUAGAUUUAGUCGCCCCCAAUCCGAGACUUUGUCCAGCAAAGACUCGACUUCAGACACAAGUUUGUUCCGGUACUCGGUGACGUUUUCCCGAGAAAUAUUGGCACGGCCGGUGUAUAGAGCAUCACCAGUGCUGUCAUCCGCAUAGCAAUGAAUGCUACCAGCUUGCAACAUAUCAUUGAUAUGCAGAAGAAACAGCGUUGGUGAUAGCACGCAGCCUUGUGGAACACCAGCGUUAAUAGGCUUGUAGUCGGAGCAUGCACCGUCUACAACGACCUUGAUGCUCCGAUCUGCAAGAAAGCUGGUGAUCCAAUUGCAUAAUUUCUCGGGAAGCCCAUAGGAAGGGAGCUUCGAAAGAAGCGCUUUGUGCCAAACCCGAUCGAAGGCCUUCGCAAUGUCCAAACUAACGGCCAAUGCCUCCCCCUUGGACUCUACUGCCAACGCCCAUCUAUGAGUUAAGUAGACCAGAAGAUCACCAGCUGAUCGACCCCGACGAAAACCGUACUGGCGAUCACUAAUCAGCUGGUGAUCCUCAAGGUACCGCAUGAGGUGGCAGUUUACAACGGAUUCCAUUAUUUUGGAGAACAAGGGGGUGAUGGCGAUAGGCCUGUAGUUGGACGGAUCUGAGCGGUCGCCUUUUUUAGGGAUCGGGUGGACAAAAGCUGUCUUCCAUGAUUUCGGGACUACGCCUAGGGAGUAGGAGUACCGGAAAAGACGCGUUAGAACCGGUGCCAACUCCGGAGCACACGUCCUCAGCACAAUUGGGGGGAUUCCGUCAGGCCCACUCGACUUGUGGAUGUCAAGGGAGAGGAGUGCUCUGCGAACCGAGCGCUCUGAGAAUCGCACAUCCGGCAUGGAGCACUCACACCGCGGGAUGGUCGGCGGUGUGUUCCCCCCGUCAUCAACAGUCGAGUUGGACGCAAAAAGGGAGCCUAAAAGGUCGGCCUUCUCUUUUGCGUCGUGGGCCAGUGAGUCGUCCUCCCUGUGCAGAGAUGGUAGUGAUGGCUUACAGAAAUUCCCUUGGACAGCCUUGGCGAGAGACCAGAAUGCACGGGUUCCCGAAGGAAGGCGAACUAGUUUCUCGCCAAUUCUGCCUAUGUGCUCUGACUUUGCCUUGGCAAUAACUCUUUUGAAGGACCUGGAGGCGAAGUUAUACUUCUUUUUGAGUGUGCUGGUGUUUACAUCCCGAGUCACCGAAGCCGCAGCCCAGGCUUGAUAACACUCCUGCUUACUGCGUAAUGCAGUCUUACAGGAGCGACCAAACCAAGGCUGAGAUCUGCCUCCGAUGGGUACCACAGAUGAUGGAAUAAAUAGUUCCAUUCCCUGUAGCACUACAUCAGUGACAGAGUCAGCAACAGCGCUGGGAUCAUCCGGCGAGAAGCAAACCCGCCCCCAUGGGUAGGAAGCAAAGAAAGACCGCAUUCCGUCCCAAUCCGCCGAUCUGUAAUGCCAAACACGGCGGCAACCUGCAGAACGCAACCGCGAAGGGAGCGUGAGUGGCACCACACUCCGGAUCAGACAAUGGUCCGAAGAGCCAAGAGGGGCAUCGACGGAAACCUGAUAUCCGUCCGGAUGAGAGGUCAGCAGAAGGUCCAACAGGGAAGGUGUAUGAUCCUCAACACCUGGAAUCCGCGUAGGCGAUGUAACCAGUUGUGUCAGACCAUAUGCCAAGGCAAAGUCAUAAACAGAUCUCCCCGCAUGAUCGGUUAAACGUGAACCGAGCCAUUCGGCGUGGUGGGCGUUAAAAUCGCCAAGGAUCACGAUCUCUGCGGAUGGGACCUGUUGUAGCAAGGAAUCUGUAGCCAUUUGGACGUGGUCGAUGAGUCGGUCUGUUUCGGCAUUACCGCUAUGGGACCUAUAGAGGCACACGUAGACGCGCGGAUGGUCGUCGCUGUCUACGCGUAGCCAAAGGAUGGACAGGUCCGAACCUUCAAGACUGCCGAGGCGUCGAGAACAGAUGUCCGCUCUGACAUACACGCAAACUCCAGCCCGAGGCACAAAGGAGUGCUCCAAUUUGUACCCCGGGUAGGAGAGAUACGAAGUAUCAGCCGGAGAGGACACCUGCGUCUCGGUCAGAAAGAGCAAGGCCGGCUUCGCCGUCUCAAGAUGGUAGUGGACGGCGUUUAGGUUCGAGUGAAGUCCCCUGAUGUUGCAGAAAUUCACGGAUAGCGUGGCAGGGGUCGCCUUGGUCUUGUUGCUCAGUUUGCCCCGAGCAGUUAUUGUGUUGAGCGGAAUUUUGCCCCCCCCAGAAUACGCGGGGCAGCCUGAGCACCCACGCUCAGGAGUGGAAUAGCAUGGUCGUGGAUGCUCAGCGAGGGAUUCUCCAGGGGUACUGGUACCCUCCUGGGGUAGUUUUUGACGUAAUUCCGCUACCAUGUUGAUGGGGGGGGGGGGGGAAUUGGGCAUCCGGUCACCUGCACUCACCAGACGAAACGCGGAAGCAGAGCUUCCACUUCACGCCGGUAUUCUGUGAGGUCGUGGUACUAACCCGGCUCGAGCCGGCCCAUACGUGCAACAGCAAAAGCUGCUGCAAGGCUCUACCACCGUUAAAAAGUUCGUCAAGUGAAGAUAGUUGACACAGAAGUGCUGGAAUAAUACAACCCAACGGUCUUCAACAGCAAUAUUCUCAUUAUUCCAGCCAGUGAUUUUUUCAUCUGUGGCAAAGUUGGAAAUAAGCGAAAAUUCGUCAAAGACUUUCGUAUCUUUGUUGCUGCUAAUAAACUCUUGCGUGAUCAGCAAAUCCAUUACUUUUUGUACCUCAUCCCAAGUAGGUGCUUUUUUUAAAUUUGCCCAUUGAAACAAUUGUAGUUCUAUGUUGAAUUGACACAACUGCUCCAAGUAUUCUUUGCUUGUCCUAUAAAACUCAGCUGCUGCAGUUUUAACAUUCUACUGGUCAACAGCAAUUUCAGUUUCUUGUAAUUUUACAAGUACAUUACGGAUGGUGAGAGGAAGGACAAUCGUGCUCUCUUUGAGUGCCAGGUUAUCUUAGAGACGAUUAAUUUCCUUCGCAGACUCUAUUGCAGACACGUUUUGCCCCUCAAUUUUUAACACAGCUUUAUGAAAUGUCGCUGCUGGUGCAUGCACGAAAUAUAACCACAACUCUGAUCUGGGAAUUUCGAAAACCAUUUUUAAAAUUUUUGGGAAUUUGUCGAUACUUAGAAAAUAGCUUUUUAAAGGCUGAAACAUUUUUAGAACACUCUCAAGCGCGGGCAUUAACGCAAGCCACCUUGUUUUAUUGUUGCCCAGCAGUUUGUGAUAAUGUCAGUUGAAUCACAAAACUCUUUCAAACAUUUGACUCGAACGCAUUAUAGAUUUAUAUUAUAAAAGAAUGAAGUGUUAGGUCUGUUUGCGAAAGCGGGACCAUUUUGCCCUCGCUGGGGACAGCAGGACGUAUGGUCAUGUUAUGUAUAUCUAGCAUGAUAUGGUAAAUAUAUUUUAAUGAUGACAU